GUCCGAAGGCUACUGUGGAUAUUUUCCUCAAACAGAUCUGUGUAUCUUCUUCUUAUACCACUACGCUUAUGAUGAGGAGAUCUGAGUUAUAGAAGAAUCAUACCAAAGACUGAGAGAAAAAAGCUCAUGAAAAGAAUCCGAAGGAAAUUUCAUUUUUACCAUCUUCGCAGCCAUUGUUGUCCGACAGACAGUGAGCUUGAACAGUUGACACCUGUAAUCCAAGGCAAGCUUUUAGCUUCUUGAACAAAAAAUAUCAUUACUCAGAUUCCUAUCACUGCAACUUAGUCAGGCUUUUUUGGCUUAUCGUUAGCUCUGCUACUGUUUCGCUUCAGAGAGAGAGAGAGUAGUGACUGCUUAAUUAGGGCUUAGCUGGCUUCACCUGUCCACUGUCUCUCGCCGACGACUAUCUUACCGGAAAAGCAUGAGAGUAGUGUUUCAAUGGAGGACGACGACGACAUUGAGACACAGCAACAAACAAGCAGAAAGCUACAGAGACUCUCCUCGGACAAAACUGAAAUGAGGGAUUGGAGCAAUCCAUCGUCUAGGAUCAUUAGGGUUUCACGAGCCUCCGGUGGCAAAGACCGACACAGCAAAGUCCUAACAUCAAAAGGGUUGAGAGAUCGGAGGAUACGUCUCUCCGUCGCUACAGCGAUCCAGUUCUACGACCUCCAGGACCGUCUCGGAUUCGAUCAGCCGAGCAAAGCCGUCGAAUGGCUUAUCAACGCGGCUUCUGAUUCAAUCUCCAAUUUGAAUCCGAUCGACACAAACUUCGACCAGACACUUUCGCUGUCUAAGUCCAGCACGUCUGAGAGCUCGUUGUUGUCUUUGUCGAGGACAGAGAGUCGUGGGAAAGCUAGAGACAAAGACAAAGACUUGCAAAGCUCCUUCACUCAGCUUCUCACACGCGGUUUUGACGAACCGAACCGGAGUUGGACCGGUGGUGGUUCUACUGAUUGUUUCAACCCGGUUCAGCUCAUGCCAAACUCAAACUCCUUGAAUCAUCGUCAAGAACCGUCGUUGAAUCAUCAUAGUCAAAACCAAUACUCUUUUUUACCGAACUACAACUUCGGAAUCUCUUCUUCUGAUUCUCCCGGGGAAGCCGGUUGUUACAGUAGUAGGGGGACCCUUCAGUCCAAUUCACAACCUCUCUUUCUCAACAACAACAAAAACAUUAACCAAAGAUCGAUAUCUUCGUCUUCUUCUUCAUCUUCUCCAAUGGACAGUCAGAGCAUUUCAUUUUUCAUGGCUCCGCCUCUCCACCACCAUAGUCCUCAGCUUCCAGAGGCUUUUGAUGGCCGGUUAUAUCUCUAUUACGGUGAAGGAAACCGGAGCUCCGACGAUAAAGGAAAGGAGAGAAGAUAGUACAGCAAAAAUGUUUCAUUAAUUCCAUCUUGGUUAGUACUUUCUAUCUAUUUUACAAUGUCAAUUUUUCAAGAAAUGGAUUAGUUAAUGUAGUAAUAGUACCAUGUUGUUUGCUUUGGGUUCUUGAUUUUGUAAAAGAAAGAUGGUUUAUUGGGGCGUGGGUGGCAUUGAGUCUUAUCUUUAUUUGUGUGUCUCGAAGUAAAUGACAUUUUAAGAUUGCUAAUUUGAUGGCAUGUGGAUGUAUUUGAAAAGAGGGCUUCAUCGUC